UGCAGAGCCAUAGAAAUGGAUAAUCGCAAUGCAAUAUUCUAUUGUAAUCGUGCAGCUGUUUACAGUAAAAUCGGUAAUCAUCAUUUGGCCAUAAAAGAUUGUGAAGCUGCUUUAUCAAUAGAUCCAACUUAUAGCAAAGCAUAUGGGCGCUUAGGACUAGCAUACUCUAAUUUAAAUGAUUUUAAAAAAUCUAAAGAGUUUUAUGAAAAAGCUUUAGAACUAGAACCUGAUAAUGAGAGUUUUAAAAAUAAUUUGCAAAUAACCUUAGAAAAAUUAGAACAAGAUAAAUUUUACACUGAGAAUCCAAAUUCUUCUGUUUCCGGUGGAAAUAUUGACUUUAACGCAUUUUUAAGUAACCCAGCUCUCAGAAAUAUGGCGAGACAAAUGUUGUCAGAUCCAACUAUGCAAAACAUGAUGAGUAGCCUAAUCAGUAAUGAGCAUCAUGAUAACAAUGGUCGCAUGACAGCUCUUAUAGAAGUAGGACAACAACUCGCACAGCAAAUGCAAACAGCGAAUCCAGAACUGAUUGACUCUAUAUUAAACGAGCUUGGUCGUAAUUCAAACGAAAAUAGUUCAGUAGAAGAAAACAAUUCUUAGCAGGAGCAAAGUGUUGAUUAAAUGACAAUGUCAGAUAUAAUGUACAAUAUAUCAGUCGAAAAUUAAAAUAAAAUAUGAAUAUGUGAUUAUGAAAAAUGAUGUUUUGAUUAUAAACAAUAGUUGAAUGAAGAAAUUAAAGAAAUAAUAAAUGCUGAAUUCGAUAAAUAUGUACGCAUUGACCAUCUAAAGUGAACCCUUAACAAUAAGUCCAACUAACUCCAAAAAAACAGC